ACAGCGGAAAGUUCUUUCAUGGUUGGUUGUCUACGUUUUAUACUCAAUGAAUAGAAAAUCUAUUGGGGAAAUAUUAAUGAUAAUGUUUCCAAUUUAUUAAGAAGUGGUUUAAAUAGUUGUACAUUAAGCUUUGUAGCAAUUAAAACAAAUAUUGUACAAUAUACGGAUAUCAUCCUUGGAUAAAAAUAAUUUUCACAUUUUGGUUAUUUGAAAAGUAGAGGCAGAAAGUGCAAAAAUGGAAGUGGCUAAAAAAUUGGUAUAAUAUGCCGCUGAAAAAUGUUAACAUAAUGCCAUACAAAUUUUUGAAGCUAUAUACAGAAAAAUGGAAACAAUAUCCAAGAUUUCCCUGAUAUUGGUUCUAUUCCUAAUUUUUGCAAGUAAUUUUGUUGUGGAUGUGAGUGCAGUUUCGCCACCUGCCAAUGCAAAAGGGGAUAACUAUGAAGCCACAAAAGCCGGCGUCGCCGUUUCCGCAAACUUAGUCGCAGCUGCUCAACAACAAAAUGCAGCACCAACCAAACCACGGCCACAGCUAACUGAUUCAAUAGCACCGUCACUUCCUCUCAUUCAAAACCAACCAGCCUCAUGCAUAUCAACGUUUGUUAAAGAAGAGCCGCAACUUCAGCGAUCACAGAAAAAAUAUGAGCACGAAAUCAAUGUAUUAGGCUAUAAAAUCCAAAUACCAUCCUUUGUAAUGGAUGGUAUUUCUCUACCAACAUCUGGAGAUGCAAAUGGCGCCGUAGCUAAUGGUGCAAACAUAGACACUGGAUCGGAACAGAAUGCCAGUGGAGAAGAUGUUUUCAAAUUCUACUGCGAGAACACCACCAUUGGAAAUGUCAAUACGGAGUUACGUUCGAAAAUGUACAUUAAAUAUGCUUACAUACUGCUUCAACAUUGUUAUCCUAACGAUGAGACUCAGUCGCUGCACUUGCAACAAUACGAAAGCGUGCGACACUUCAAGUGGACAUAUAGUAGAGUGCACGAUUUACAAAUGAAUAUGCUCUUUUCGGACUACAAAUCGAGUUUUGAGUAUUUGGAAACUCUCGACCUAACAGCAAACCAAUUGAAAUGCACACACUGGGUACAACCGCAAACUGUGCGCAGACUGCGAGUUAUGAAGCUAAGCCGCAAUGCUAUAGAUACACAAAGCUGUGCGCUCUCCGAAUUCCAACACAUGAAUCAUUUAGUCGAGCUACGUUUAGACGACAACCGUAUACAUAUGUUGAAUCAGCAAUUCUUGGGCCACCUAAGCGAGUUGAGUGAUUUGAAUUUGACGAGCAAUCUGCUAAGCGACUUGCAGCGUAACAUUUUCAAUGGUGCAUUGAAGCUACAGCGACUCUAUUUGGCACAUAAUCGGCUGACAACUUUGCCCUUUCAAUUGUUCCAAAGUAUGCGCGAAUUGCAAACGCUCGAUCUUUCGCAUAAUCGGUUACUCUCCUUUCCGGAUAAUUUCUUCGCGUUGAAUAGCGAACUGCGAGAGAUGUAUCUGCAAAACAACGCCAUGGAGACAAUUGGCAAGAACACGUUUCACAAUUUGCGUAAAUUGCGUUAUUUAGAUUUAUCCGAAAACAAAAUAAACAGCAUAGACCGCAAAGCCUUCGAGUCGCUUGCAAACCUAUUUAUGUUGAACAUGUCGAUGAAUAGCAUUAGCACCAUUUCCUCGAUACUCUUUAAUCCACUGUACAAUCUGCAACAGCUCGAUUUGAGUCACAAUAAAUUCACCCAAUUGCCGAGCGGCGUAUUUAUGUCGCAGCGUGCACUGCUUGUGCUGCGUAUUGACUCGACGCCGCUGGAGAAAAUUGGAAACUUGAUUUCGCGCAACAACGACCAUGUGGAUCCGAAGGUUUUGUCCAAUUUGCGUGUUCUCUCGAUACAACACAACAAACAGUUGACACAGUUCACGCGAACAUUAUUCCGCAACACACCCAAUCUGCAUGAGCUCCUAUUGGCAGGUAACGCACUGCAUCAUUUGCCCACAGAAAUUGGUCAACUGAGUCAGCUGCAGCGCCUGAAUGUACGCGACAACAGACUGACUUAUAUACCGGAGAGUGUCAAAUAUCUGCCUAAUUUACGCUUCAUACAUAUACGACAUAACGACUAUAUAUGCGAUUGUCGUAUGUUCUGGUUGGGUGAAUGGCUGAGCAAUAGCAGCUCCACUUUACGACGUUUACGUGCCACCUUAUAUCAAAGUAGUGUUAUGCUGGCAGAUACAUCAGCCAUGGAUAUGGGUGAUGACAUCGAUGAACUCAUUGAGUCACUUACUUGCCACCACGGCCAUCCAGGCGAUAUGGUGAAUGUAUUGCAACAUCUGCACUGCUUGAAACCGGUCAUUCUGGAGUCGUCCGACUCGAAAAUGCACAAACUACACUCAACGGCGAAACUAGAGUGUAUAUUUUCGGGCAGUCCUACACCCGAUGUGAUAUGGGUAACACCCACGAAUAAAAUUUUGCGGCAUCAUGCUGAUCCCGACAAGCGGCCGGUUAUUAUCAACCACAACGACAAAGAGCUCGGACAUUUGCCACUCACAUCGCUAAUAAUGGACGAUAAUAACAUGCUGAAUAUUAGUUUGCAGACGAGCGAUGUGAUGAAUCGGGUGACUUUGAUCGAGAACGGUUCAUUGCUGGUGCAUAACAUAUCGCGCGGUGACAGUGGGCUCUACACUUGCUAUGCCUAUAACAUAAUGGGUAACGCAUCGGCAUUUAUGAGAAUUUACAUCGAUCCAAUCGUCUUCUAUCGUGUUAAAAUCGAAAGCCUUUUAUCGGGUACGGCCGCUGCUACCGCCUUCCUUUUGUUAACGCUGAUCGUGCAAGGGCUUCGUUCACUCUGCUCCAAGUGUGGCAUAUUCGACCGAUUCUAUUGCUGUGUGCGCAACAAGCAGUCGCCGAGGGCGCGUCAAAUUUAUGCCAUGCUCGAUAGCAUUGAAUGUUACAAAAGUCAGCAGUUGGAACGACUGCGCGAGAAUUAUGCACAACAAGUGCAUCGUAUACGCGAAAAUUGUGUGCAGCAAGUUGAAUGGAUUCAGAGUAGCUAUACAUCGCAGGCCAAAUGUUUAAAAGAAUUUAGAGACAUGGGGUCCACUCACCUAACAGCACUAAAGGAUCAAUAUUAUGAUCAGGUAAAAAAGGUUCGUGAUUAUUCCACCGGACAAUUGAAUUGGGUGCGCGAAAAUUACGUCUUCCAACGCAACAAAAUUCGUAAAUUUAGUGCACAUCAAGUGUUGCGCUUACGUGAAGGCUACAAAUAUCAACAACAGUCACUGAAUAAAGUUUUGGAAAAUCUUCCGAGUUUUUAUUUUGAAAAUUGUCGUGGACGCUGUGAAGAGGAUAUUGCCGAAGAUAUUGAAGUGUAUUUCAAGAGUCAGCUGGGUGAUCAAUUCAAUCCUAGUGCAGCCAAGGUGAAGAGUUUAAAAAGCAAAUUAGCUGUCAUGGCCUUAAAUUCGGCAAGCAAAGCAUCGGUGUAUUAUACACCUCCCGAAGGUGAUCUAAGGCGUUCGAGUCUACAGCUACAGACUUCUCCUAUACACAUCAAUUAUAUCAAUGAGAAUUUGGAUCAUAACAAACUCGAUUUGAAUGAAACGAAAUUUGGCAGAGAAUUCCUCAUGAAUGCCCCCAUGAUGUUUGGCAGUUUUGGCGACGAAAUCGAUGGCCGCGGUUUGACAUCAUUAUCCAGAGCUGAGAUCACUUUAAGUCAAUUGAAAAUAAACGAUAAGCAUCCGGCGGGUGCGGGUAGUAUUGAAGAUAAUUGUUAUGACGCCACAUUGGCGAAUAAGUUAGAAACAAUGAAAACUGCCGAGAAGACUAAAAAUAGUCACAAGCAUGGACUGGCAUUUGAGCGAAUGGCAGGCAAAGCAGCAGCAUAUGGCAGUGGUCGACAGAACACCGAUAAACAUAAAGACAAUGCUGUUGGUGGAGACAUUGGUAACAUUGAAUUAAAUGAACUAUGUGACUAUAAGGACAUGAACGAUGUAAAGAGCUCCAAGUCUUGUCCGGCCAUUUAUAAAGUGUCCAAGCAGCAAGAUGGCUCUACCCUGCACGAACUACUGACUGAUAACCAAAGGGGGGAUGGGAAUUCGAACAGCACACGACUGAAUCCAGUCGGCGAGCCGACUCACAUACUUGAAACGGAACUCUUCAACAGAGCUAGUACCUCCGGAAGUGGCGGCAAAGGAAGUCGCAAGCUAUGCAAGGAGAAGUUGAACAUCAUAUUGGAUGAGAGCGGUAAAUCCACGCUUUACAAUGCUUCACCAUCGGAGGUGUGUGGUGGCGCGAGAAAAAAGGACAUUAAAUAUGAUUCAUGCUCCACGGUGACAUCGUCGUCACAAAGCAAAACCAGUUUGCCAGAUUUGGGGACGUACGCCGGCGGCAAUGGAGCGGGUGAUAGUAAGUACAAGGACAAGGAGGGACUAGAUUGCAGCAAUUCGGUUCCAGAUUCAUCGCAUGGGUCAACAGCAACUUCGAACGGUGACAACAUUAGCUUCAGCAGUAAUUCCAACAAUAGCAGCUGCAAUGGCAACCAACGUAGUGUAGAUGUAGUUAAUCUUACUUAGAGAUUCAUAUUUUUAGCCAUUAUCCAAUGCAUUAGAAAAGAAAAUGUUACAUAUUUAACAAAAACAAAAACAAAUCAAACAAACAGAAAAAGAAAAACAAAAACAGGAAAUCAUUAAACAUAUUUAUAUUAUGGAGAUGAGGUAUACUAAUUGUAAGAUAAAACUGAAUGAAGGAUUUUUAUUAAAAUUUUUGCGCGAAAGCGAAAUUAUUAUGAAUACAGCAUAAAGGUAAUAUAAAAGAAAAUUAUUAGAUGAAUUGUUUGCUCUACAAAUAAGAUACAUAUAAACUAAACACUAUUUCGCAAAGUCUCACGGCAAAAGUGUUGUUAUACAAACAUAAUUUUAGCAAGUAUAAAAAUUUAAAAAUAAAUGAAAUCACUACUUUAUUCCGAAACAAUUGCGAAACUGAAUGGAUGCAUGAAAUUAUACAAUAAAAAGCAGCAGCUGAAAUGUAUGGUAUUUGUGGACGAGAGUAA